CCCGCACACCCCACCCUCCUGCCUCUCUCUUCCCUGUGCCCCGCAUCCCCCAGCCCCACCAACACAGCCCCACACACUGCUGCACAAUCUCCCCUGUCUCCUUCCCCUGCUCCUGUCUCCGGCUCCUUCCCAGAGCAUCAUGUCUGCAGGGGGAGAUUUUGGAAACCCACUCAGAAAAUUCAAGCUGGUUUUCCUUGGAGAGCAAAGUGUUGGGAAGACAUCUCUCAUAACAAGGUUUAUGUAUGACAGUUUUGACAACACAUACCAAGCUACCAUUGGAAUAGACUUUCUUUCAAAGACAAUGUAUCUUGAAGAUCGGACCGUUAGACUGCAGCUCUGGGACACUGCUGGCCAGGAAAGGUUCCGCAGCCUCAUCCCCAGUUAUAUCCGUGACUCCACGGUGGCAGUGGUGGUCUAUGACAUUACAAACCUGAACUCAUUCCACCAAACUUCUAAAUGGAUCGAUGAUGUCAGAACAGAAAGAGGAAGCGAUGUCAUAAUAAUGCUGGUUGGAAAUAAGACAGACCUUGCAGACAAAAGGCAGAUAACCAUCGAGGAAGGAGAACAGAAAGCAAAGGAUCUAAAUGUCAUGUAUAUUGAGACCAGUGCCAAAACAGGAUAUAAUGUUAAACAGCUCUUUCGCCGCGUUGCCUCUGCUCUUCCCGGCAUGGAGUGCUCCGAAGAGAAAAGCAAAGAUGGCAUGAUUGACAUCAAACUUGACAAACCACAAGAGCCUCAGGUGGCCGACGCUGGGUGCUCCUGCUAAAUUGCCUGGAUGAACAUACCAACUGCUGGAUGCUUCGCCCAAAACACUUUCUUUUGGUUAGACUGGAAAAGAAAAUCUUUUGGAUGCCAAGCCUAUAGAAUGUCGAACAAACUUUCAUUUACUCCAAAAAAUGACAUCAACUCCCCCCUCUCUGCCCCCCCCCCAUAUCUUUUCUCAUCGUCUCUUUCAGUUUUGGGUUGUAACCCUUUAGUGACCAUGUCCACAUUUCACUCAGCAUGCACAGGUUAUAUGUACAAUAAGGCCUCCUCUAAGACACAUAUGCCAUACGUGUAAUUGUGUUGGUAAUAUGGUCUUUAAGGGGUUAAUAUUCUUUCCUAUUUUCAUUGAAAUGUUCAUAUCACUUCUAGUUUCCUCUGUCUUUUCUUACUAACCCUGUGCUUGCACCCCUUACUCUUCAUUUGCUCACUAUACCCCCAAACAUCCUCCCCUGCUCAAGAUAAGGAAAACAUAUCUGUGGAAUCCCAUUUUUUUAAAUAUAUAUAAAUAUAUAUAUAAUCUAGAUGCUAGAAACUGACAUUUCACAGACGGAUAGUACAUAUUGUGACCGAUGUUCUCCACGUAUCAAGAACACUCACGAAACAUAGAGCUGAGGGAGACUUGCAGUGCAUAUUACACCUCGGUAACCCCCUCUUCUCACUAAGCUUAUAGCGCCUAUCAGCCAACUAGAUUAUCUUCUGUUUCUUGGUCUCGCUAAUCAGAUCUCGGAAGAGAAAAGAAUGGAAAAUGUUGCCUCUAAAUGCAAUUACGACCAUUUUAUUUUUUCACUUUUUGUUGUAAAAUACUAUUGUACUUUAUUAAAAUUGCCAAAAACUCAAGUGACCAGA